CAAUGCUCACUUUGAAAACUACCUCCACACUCACCUCGCCUCUUAGAAAAACCAUACACAAAUCACUCGUGUGGAACCUCGUUUAAGCUCAAAUGGUAUGAAUGGAGCUUCCAAACACAAGGGUGACUCGAUAACGGUGUAGACACGAAGAAAGUAGGGUCGCUCUAUCUAAAUCAAUCAAGCUCAAAUAGCGAGAGCUACCUAAAAUGAGAGCGACCCUUAGACACACGACUCAAAAGGGUUGACUAAGGGAUGAUAUGAUCGGGUCGGUCAACAUUUGGGUCAUGGACUAAAACCUAUGCCUCCAUCUUCCUCGCUAGCAACAACGUGAAUGCUACACAUCAUGUCAAGGGGGAACUAUCGCACAAGAACGAAAUGAACGACACAAGUCUCACAUGGCUACCUAGGUGCUCAAUCAUUCGUUCUAACUCCUUAAACCCGAUGCAUAGGCAACUGUGAAAAGCAAGUAAUUGAUUCAAACAUCUAUCGGUUCACAAACACAUGAGAAAUGAACCUAUGCACAAACCUAAUACAUAUCUCGUUCAUCCUAAUAGGUUGCACACAAUCACAAGCAAAUCAUCCAUAGAACAUGCUAAUAACCACAAGAUUUAAAGCAAAUCACCACAAGAUGCCACUAUGAUCAUGCAAAUGUAGAAGUUGUUAUGCUAGGAGCCUUCAAAUUUUGAACAUACAACUAGGCUCCAAGCAUUCAAAAUCACACCAAACAUUCACACACACAUGCAUAAUGGAUUACCCCCCCCCCCCCCCACACACACACACUUAAGAUCGACAUUGUCCUCAAUGGCAUAAAAGAAGGGGAUAGAACGAUGUUACCGGUCAAGUUGUGAAUGUUUGUGCUCGGGAGCGGAGGGCGGGUGAGCUCUGGAAGAGUGUGGUCUCAUCCAAAACACCACCAAAAUCUCUUUAGUGGUCUUUUUAUUGGCGCGGAAAGAAAACAAACCGAUGGUAGAUGGGUUGCCUCCCACCAAGCGCUUCUUUAACGUCGUGAGCCGGAUGGUUUCUCCUCAAGUUUCAGUCCACCCAAGAACCUCCUUGAAUUUGAGGUUCUCGUCGGUGAGGUGGUGUCUCAAGUCACGAGCUUUGUACGAGUCCAUGAUUGAGGGCUCGUGAACUUGAGUGACUUUCAGGCUCCCUACACAAGACCUCUUCUUCUUUCCUUAUCCUUCUUUCUCUUUGCCACACACCAUUUAAUGCGCCAUCGUUUUACCACCAUCGCAUCCACCAAGAGGGAUCGUCGAUGGUUUCGCCUUGGCUUGGCAAAGAGCCGCAAAUGGGUCGUUCUCAAGAAGCGCCUCGAGGUCGGGUGGAAAGCUUUCAUAGCCCUCGUAACUUGUGGAUGCUUCAUCCACCUCGACCUUGUCCUCGUUUUGGACUCCACUUGCCCCUUCAAAUUCUUCUUCAACCACCCUUCCUUCUUCACUUUGUUCCUCCCCUUGGGAACAUUCAAGAUCUUCCCCCUCUUCAAUGUUUUCUUCCUCCUCUUUAACCUCUUCUUUCUCCAUCCCAAUCAUGUCUCCAAGCACGAGUUUGAGGGCAAAAUGCCAAAGGUCAUAGAAGGGAUUCUCUUGCUCCUCCACACUCGUGUCUUGGUCUUCAAUGUUGCUUUCAGGAAGGGGAAAGUGAUGGGAGAUGUCAAUGCAACCUUCUUGUUCACCCUCACCACGAGAGCUCUCCGGGGUGAGUUUUUAUUGCUCCACACGGUUGUCAUUGAGCGCCCCUUCAACCUCCCAUUUCUCCUUCAAUAAUGAGAGGCGAUAGCUUUUACAAGCUUGUGCCACUUUCUCUUCUAGUGUCAAACCGGGAGGAGGGAGGGGUUGGAAAUCCAUGCCGAAGCUCGUUCUUCCAAAAUUAUCAUGGCUCGUCUCGUCGACUUCCUCUCUUUCUUCCAAUGGUGGGAGGCGAUUUUGAGAAAGUUGUGCUCAUGCUUGCUCUACAAGCCCUCGUAGCCUCUCCGUGCGUCGACGAAGCUUCUUGAUAUGGGGAAGCCUCUUCAUACCCCCAAUGGUAUGGUUGUUCUUCAUGGAAGGGGGUUGGUAAUAGAACCCGGAUCCUUGGCUUCCCCCUUCUUGUUCACUCCAUGAAGCUCCGGUGUACCCCCAUUCGGGUGGUUUUGGAUACCCCCACCUAUUGUAGAAGCCAUUGGGAUCCAUGAUUCAUAACCUACACAAACAAAACACAAAAACAAAAUCAAAUAAACACAAACCACCCUUCAAGACGAAGAGUGGGUAAACAAAACACAACACAAAACAUAAAACACAAACAAAAAGGCAAGAUAGAAAAUGCUAGAUUAGCACUAAGCGACCUUUUCAAAAUAAUGGACCGCAGUUCCCCGGCAACGUCGCCAAAAACUUGACUCGCACGAAACUACACCACAAAUUAAUCCCGACUAGAUUCCAAGUUUUUAAACUCUAGCCGGGUGUAGUAUGGAGGAGGUAUUUAAAUAUCGACCCGGGCCGGUCCAUGUACCCCUACUUCAAUCACUUAGGUUGUUAUCUAGCAAGCAAAUUUAGGGGUUAGGUCUAAUGUAACUACAAACUAAACAAGCAAAGAAAAGUAAAUAAAGGAAAAUCCUAACUAAGGGAGCUUCGCCCGGGAGUUGCUUCCCCCUAACUAGCUACCAUGACUCAUUGGAUUGAAACGAUUGCUAUGAGCUAGGUAACCGCGAACCGCAGAGGGAUGCAUAUAUGGUCGUAGACCACACUCUCAAUUGCUAAACCGAGGUAAGCAUUAAAGGCUGUGUUACUCGACCCUCUCGGUUUAGGCAAUCGGUAAUUGAUUUUCUCCCUCACUCAACUCAAAGGUUGGACGACUUAAUCAUGAUUAACCGAUUUGCUUAAUUCAACUUUGAGGGUUUCCCUAAAUUAACCUAGUUAGGUUGCUUAAAAAGCGGAAGGAAAACCAACUCGAUUGAGUCUCCCUUGGAAGGUGGAUUUUCCUCUAUUAGCGAGGUUAAGGUGGCUAAUUAGAUUGCUAGCACCAACAUGCACAAAACUAAGAGUGUUAAGCACAAUUAUCCACAAUCCUUAGGUUGCUAAGCACCAAAAUGAACAAACCUAAGGAUGCUAAGCACAAAACAUGCACAACUCUUAGGUUGCUAAGCACAAGCAUGCACAAUCGUGAUAAAUAAUACCUCAAUCA